GUCGUUCCUUAUCACCGGCGACGGUCAACCGCUGAUAAACCAUUCGGUUCCAGGACGGUGACAAAUUUUUUAUCGGAUCACGUUUUUCCUGCGAUUCUGCGUCGCAUACCGGAACAGUGCUCAUUUCGUUUCCGGCCCGCUCGGGAAACCUAAAAAGAAAUGUCAAGGUUCGUGUCGGGGCUCCGGUCCGCGGUUGCUGUCUGCAAUCUUUUUCCACGAUUGCCGUCCUCCGUUUUCAUCGUGACUCGCAGCGUUCACUAUCAUCAUCAUCAAUGUCGACGGCCGCCGAUUCUCGCGAACACGGUUCGAUGUUUGCUGUCGAGCAAACGCUACAAACGUACAAAAAACCAAAACGAUGACGAUAGUUCCGACGACGAAGAGUUGGAUUUAGAUAUGGACAAUUCCAGUAAACUGAUGAAAUUCAGGACCAGCACCAUGAGGAUGGAUGCCAUUCUAAAACAUGCUUUAGGGAAAUCUAGAAAUAAAAUUGAAGUAGCUUUCUAUGAAAGUCGUAUUCGAGUGAACGGAGAAAAAGUGACAAAGAAAAGUCAUUCAGUGGAAGUGGGCGACGAGAUAGACCUGGUCAAAGGCCCUAGUCCAAACAAUCCAGAUUUUCUAUUGGUAUCCCGAGUAGAAGUAUUAUCUGCUAAAUUAGAUGGCGAUGAAUUAGAAGUUAAGUUAAAAAUGUAUAAGAACCUUCUCAUUAAUGACUAUGAUAAUAAAUGGAAAUCUCCAUCAUAAAAUUUUGUA